AUGCUGAAUCAAACUUCAGUCACUGAAUUUCUCCUUCUGGGGGUAACAGAUAUCCAAGAACUGUGGCCUUUACUCUUUGUCGUUUUCCUUGCAAUUUAUUUUGUCAAUGUGGCUGGGAAUGGAACCAUUCUGAUGAUUGUCAUCUCUGAUCCAAGACUCCAUUCACCUAUGUAUUUCUUCCUGGGAAAUCUCUCAUGUCUAGAUAUCUGCUACUCCACGGUGACACUGCCAAAGAUGCUGGGGAACUUCCUCUCUACACACAAAGCAAUUUCUUUUUUGGGAUGCAUAAGUCAGCUUCAUUUCUUCCAUUUCCUGGGCAGCACAGAGUCCAUGUUGUUGGCUGUGAUGGCCUUUGACCGCUUUGUGGCUAUCUGCAAACCACUUCAUUACACUGUCAUCAUGAAUCAUCAGCUCUGUACCCAGAUGGCUAUCACUAUCUGGAUCAUUGGCUUUUUCCAUGCCCUGUUGCACUCCGUGAUGACCUCUCACUUGAACUUCUGUGGUUCUAACCAUGUUCAUCACUUCUUCUGUGAUGUUAAGCCACUGCUGGAUUUGGCCUGUGGGAAGAUUGAGUUCAACCAGUGGCUGCUCAAUACUGUCACAGGGAUGAUUGCUAUGGGUUCAUUCUUUCUAACACUUCUCUCCUAUUUCUAUAUCAUCACCCACCUCUUCUGCAAGACCCAUUCUUGCAGCACGCUUCACAAAGCACUGUCCACUUGUGCCUCCCACUUCAUGGUAGUUAUUCUUUUCUUUGCUCCUGUUGUCUUUACCUACAUUCGUCCUGCUUCAGGCAGCUCCAUGGACCAGGACCGGAUCAUUGCCAUCAUGUACAGUGUGGUCACACCUGUGCUAAAUCCAUUGGUCUACUCUUUGAGGAACAAGGACGUGAAGAGGGCCUUGAGUAGGAUGAUCAGAAGGAGGCUCUGA